AUGCAUCUUGAUGUGAAACCCGAAUUCGGCGUUUCUUUAAACAUUUUUAAAACUACUGAUACUGGUUUUAUUAACGAAGAAGAUAUUAUUUAUGAAGAGUACCUUGGUUCAGAGCCAAGUAAUAUAUCUUCGCCUGAUAUGGAAGAUACUGAAAUACAUCUUACAAAAAAUAUGACUGUUAAAAUGAUAAUAUACUCAAUGACUCUAGUUGAGUAUCUACCAACUAGUGAAGAAGGUGUCGCAAUAAUUUAUCAUGUCGAGGAAUGGGAUAAUAUAGAAGCGGCAUUUGCAGAUAUUCAUAUCCUAUGGGCAGACCUUGUGGCCAAUGACACAACUUGUUCUUAUCUUGGUAAUAUUGCUGUUGAUAAAAAAAGAUAG